CUCUUUUCAUUUGUUGUAGAUGGCAAAGACUAAGACCACUCCAAAUUAUGAGUUUCGGCGUUGUCCAAUGUGUUCCUAUUCAGCAAGAAGUGAAGACUACAAAGGACACGUCUUCAAGUGUGCUAUGCGGACCUUCCAAUGUCCUGUGUGCGACUUCUGUAAUAAUAAAGAAGCUAACCUGAAGCGACACAUAAAGAGAUGUCACCCUGGCCUAGCCAAGGAAGAAGUCGUUAAGUUGGGAAGCAAGGAGGAUAAGUGUGAAGAAGUGAGAGAACAGCGGGAAGACGAUUGGCUUGCUCAAGAUCCGGGAGAUCUUAUUGGAGAAAUUUCAGAUGAGGAUAGCGAUAAAGACGAUGAUGGAGACACCACGAGUGAUAAAGAAGCUGAAUCUCAAGAGAAAGAGGUAGAUGAAAGUUUGCUUGAGGGAAGGAUGUUUAGGAAGCCGACAACGCCUUCGCUUCCGAUAAUUAGUAAGCGGAAAUCUUCGGAUGUUCACUUGUCUCCUGCACAACCUAAAAAGUUGAGAAAGGAGGAUCAAGCCGUGCAGACUUCAUUAGGUGGUGAACACUUUGAAAACUCGUUUGGAAGCAGGAGGGACUGUGGAACUCAAACGGAUCCUUUGAAAAGAAUCCUGACAACGAAAACUGUCAAGAAGUUCAGAGAUGGAAAUGUUGACACUAAGAUCGUUUCUAAAGAAAAAGUUGUGUUUGAUAUGUGAAUCAUUUGAAAUGCAUUUUUAAGGAAAAUUGUUUAUUUCUGCAAAGUUAAGAAACUUUGUAGUUUGAGUACUGAUGUUAAAUAAAUAUAACUUGGUAGUUUUAACAUUUUAUUUACAUGCGGGUCGCAUGUCAUCGAAGGCGUGGGUAGUGUAACGAUUUUAAGUUAUGUAAUGUUGAAUCAUGCGUACGGCACAUGAUAGCUGUGUUUGUAUUGUC